GUUUCACCUAAUCAAAUUAAAACGGUUAUUAAGAAGCUGAAAACAUCCAAAGCCAAUGGCUCGGGUCCAGUUAACAAUAUUAUCUUGAAAUCCACCAUUGACACCAUAUGUAUCCCAUUGUCACAUCUUUUUAAUUUCAUUUUACUAAAAGGUGUAUUCCCAGAUAGUUGGAAAUUGGCGCAUGUGAUUCCCCUGUUCAAGAAGGGUCGGAGGCAUAUAAGGUCCAAUUACCGGCCCAUUUCAUUAUUGAAUAAUAUUUCAAAAAUUUUCGAAAAAUUAGUUCAUAAACACUUGUUAUCUUACUUCACUGAAAAUAAUUUAAUU